AUGACCAAACUUACGAUUAUGAAGCGCAUUGUCGCUCUAUUUAAAAAGACACAUGAAAAGAAACAAGAACCUGGUUACCCUUCCGAUUUGACUAGCACUUAUAAAGUUACCAAAAAGACACUCGGUGUAGGUUCGUUUGCAGUCGUGAAAGAAUGUAUUCAUCGUUCUACUGGACAUUCCUUUGCGCUCAAAAUCAUUUUAAAAAAAGCGAUUGCAGUAAGACAUCCACAUAUUGUCUCGAUGCAUCAUUUAUAUGAAUCCAAAGAUGCUGUUUACAUCAUUGUUCAUCGUGAUAUGAAGCCAGAAAAUCUCUUGUUUCAAACAAAUACAGAAAACGCCAAUUUAAUGAUUACUGAUUUUGGCCUUUCCAAGAUUCUUAAAGGACAUGACGAUAUCCUAACAACGGCAUGCGGUACACCUGGUUAUGUUGCACCUGAAGUCUUGUUACAGACAGGCCAUAAUAAACCUGUGGAUUUAUGGAGUGUAGGCGUCAUGCUUUUUACCUUGUUGAGUGGUUAUACACCUUUCUGGGGAGAAGAUCAAGCCAGUUUAUUUCAGUCUAUUAUGUCUGGUGAAUAUGAAUAUGAUGAAGAAUACUGGUCUGAUAUCUCACAAUCAGCCAAAAACUUAAUCGAUAGACUCUUAACAUUUGAUCCAAACAAACGUAUCACAGCUGAAGAGGCUCUUUUACAUCCUUGGAUUACAGGUUCCAAAGAAGCAGGACCAAGGUCAAGUACUAAUUUGGCACCUGUCAUUCGAAAAGGAUAUAGUAGCAGAGGUAGUUUUGUUGGAGCAACACUCAUGUAUCAAUUGGGUUCAUCCAGUGAAGAAUCCGAUGAUGAUGAAGUCUUUGAGAAACAAAAAAACCACGAUAUUGAAGCACUUGGUGUUAUUUCAAAAGAAUGA